UCGGUUAAAUCAAUUGGAGAAAAAGAAAGAAAAAUAAAAUAUUCUUGUCAAAUAUUUGUGUAAUUUAUUCCUAACGUUUUUGUCCAUGCUCUUUUAUAUCUAAAUCCUAGUCAAGUGUACCAUAUUCCAGAAAAUCAUCCAGCAGGAUGAUGGCCUUAGUAUAAUGGAGCCUUGGAUAAACCCUCAACUUGCAGUUGCAGAUUUAAAAUAAAGCAAAAAUGAAUGGGAAUAUAAGAAAAAGAAAAGGCUAGUCUCCUAAGAAUUCAUAAAAAUAAAAAAAAGAGGUUAUAUCUUCCCCUGGCCUAUAAAUACAAAGCCUGCACCAUGUAAAGUGUUCAACAACAACAAAAUCCCAUCUCACACAACCUUAUAUUUCCCCUCCCUCUCUCUCUUUCUCUCUAAAACAACUCUGAUUCCACUGCUUUCAUGCUUCCGGUGAUCAAAAUCCUCAUAAAAUCUACUGCUCUGAUAGUAGUGCCCCUACUGGCUCUCGUCAGGGACAUGGUGGGUUACGAAUCCUCUAUCAAAACCCGAAUCCUUUUCGAGUGAGAAACGCAAAAUCUUCGAAACCCUUUUCCGGAUUUUUCAUUGAUUUCUCUCACACAACUUCACUAACAAAAUGGAUUCAGUCAAUUUUUAUGACAUCAAAACUGAGAAGGCGAACGCAAUCUUGAAAUACCGCCAGCUUCGAAAACUCGCAAACUUGUUUCGGUUGAUUGAGGUGCUUGCUUUUCUGCUCCUGCUUUCCAGGUUUUCUGUCCAACUCCCUCAUGCUGUCAAGAACUCUGGCUCUUACUUCAAAGACAUAUCCGGCUUCAUGGUAAGUCCUCGCUUCGUGUUUGUCAUUGGAAAUGUAAUAGUUAUCGUUCUCUUCGCGAAGUCGGGCAGAUUUUCAGCUAAAGACUCGAGCACAGGCAGCUUGGGCGAUGAUCUUUAUGAAGAGUUUGUUCAGAACAGCGAAAAAAAUCAGAAACUUCGUGGCGAUGUGAUUGAGUACCAGGCUGUGAUUGAGUACCAGGCCAUAAAAAACACACCUAAGGAUAGUAUAGUUUCUGAGCAAGCUCCUCAAACUUUGCAAUUCAAGAACUUCACAAGGAGUCAGUCAGAGAAUUUAGAACGCGAGGUUUGCAAGAGCUCGCGGCGCUUAUUGAAACGAUCAGAGACAGAGAAGUUCAAGAAAAACGUUCAGCCUGGUGGGAAGCCGGCAGGGAGUGUGUAUCCUGAAGACGGCAUGAGUAACGAGGAGUUUCGGAGCAAGGUUGAGUCGUUCAUUGCAAGGCAGCAGAAGUUUCGACUGCAAGACUGUAAACUAGGGUGAAAUAUGGGGAAUCUCUGUUUAUGUUUCUUUUUUUCUUCUCUUUGGGGGAUUGUGGGGUGUUUCUAUAUGUAUUAGGACAUUGCUAUAUCAAGCAUGCAAUGUAAAUCUACUGUAGUUCUGUUCAUAUGUCACUCUAAUUAUUCUCCGUUUUUAGCAGAA